AUGGUGAUUAUCUCAGCGAUCGUUCCACCUCUCAUCUGUUACAUUGCGGCAGGGUCACUUACUCGUGAACUCACAGAUAAACAUGGGCACCGUCUGCAGCGAGCCACUAUCACACAGUCGCGAAAACGACCAGACCACCAGCCCUGGGUCUGGGCCCACGGGGACAGUGCUGUCACGUCACAGCAAAGAGGAGAAGGACUCAGGAAGCAGUGCCGGACUUCAUUGAAGCAAAGAUUGCCGUCUUUUCGCGUCUUCUGA